CUCCUUGAGCAGCCGCAAACAAGGCUGAAACUACAACCACAACCAUCACCACCACAAGCCCUACCCAAAAGUUCACCAUCACCAUCAUGACGACAACAACCGGCCGCCCCUUCGUCCUGCCAGGCGAAACCGUCGACCCGUCCCUCGUUCCGACGCACAAGAAACACCCUCUCCGACUUGGGCCCGGCUUGCGACACAUCCCGCCAAGCGACAUCAUCCCUACCGUAGCCGGGCAGCUGGUGACAAACCCGGUCAAAAACUCCAUAUGGGUCGAAUACAAUUCCCAGCGGUACAUCCCACAACCAGGCGACCUGGUAAUCGCACAAAUCGUCCGCUCCACGCAGGACGCCUACCUAGCCUCACUAUCGCCCUACACAGCAUCCGCUACGCUCCCGCAGCUCUCAUUUGAAGGCGCCACCAAAAAGACCCGCCCCAUGCUCUCCCCAGGAUCCCUCGUAUACGCGCGCGUGUCGCUCGCCAACAAGCACAUGGACCCCGAAUUGGAAUGCGUCAGCAGCGCGACAGGCAAAAGCGACGGGCUCGGCCCUUUGACGGCAACGGCAGGUACAGGUACGGGAACCGUGUUUGACGUGUCGCUCGGGUUUGCGCGGCGGCUUCUGAUGGCGCGGAGUCGCGAGGAGGGCCGCGUGGCUGUGCUCGAGAUGCUCGGCGGGGAGGAAGGGGGCGGGCUGGCGUUUGAGACGGCUGUCGGGCGCAACGGCAAGGUGUGGGUGGGCAGCGAGAGCGUCAAGACGGUUAUUAUUGUGGGCAGGGCGCUGCAAGAGACGGACCGGGGCGGGCUGGGGAUUGAGGAGCAGAGGCGGUUGGUGAAGAGAUUAAUUAGGGAGAUGAGGUGA